CCUGAAAGAAAACCAUCAGCCCCCCAAGGACCAGCAAAAUGAGUGACAAUUCUACUUUGGCCCCUCCAACUUCAAACCAAGGUCCCACCACCCCACGCAAAGGACCCCCCAAGUUCAAGCAGAGGCAGAGUCGUCAGUUCAAGAGCAAACCUCCUAAGAAAGUUGUGAAAGGGUUUGGAGAUGACAUUCCGGGCAUGGAGGGACUAGGAACAGAUAUCACGGUGAUGUGUGCUUGGGAGGCAUUCAGCCACUUGGAGCUGCACGAGCUCACCCAGUUUGGGAUCAUCUGAGGCACCAGAGAUUCUUCCACUCUCAACAGCAUCUGCUGUAACUUUGGUUCCUUCUGCCCUAUUGAUCUGCC